CAUGCGUACAACAGCCCAACUGUACACCCAGUGGGAGUGGCGCGUGCGCAGGGCUCCUGACGUACGACUCUCAGCGAAGCUGGGGUGGUGCUUUUACGGCAGUCGUAAAACAGCCAGUUCCAACUGUGCCAUGCGGCCGCAGCAGGCACCUGUUUCUGGUAAAGUCUUUGUCCAGCGAGACUACAGUAGUGGCACCAGGUGCCAGUUCCAGACCAAGUUCCCCCUGGAGCUGGAAAACAGGAUUGAUAGGCAGCAGUUUGAAGAGACGGUUCAAACUCUAAAUAACCUUUAUGCAGAAGCUGAGAAGCUUGGGGGCCAAUCUUAUCUUGAAGGAUGUCUGGCCUGUCUGACUGCCUAUACUGUCUUUUUGUGUAUGGAGACACAUUAUGAAAAGGUUCUUAAGAAAAUUGCCAAAUUCAUUCAGGAACAGAAUGAGAAGAUCUACGCACCCCAGGGCCUCCUCCUGACGGACCCCAUCGAGAGAGGACUAAGAGUUAUUGAAAUUACCAUUUACGAAGACAGAGGACUGAGCAGUGGAAGAUAAAACUAAGGAGUCUAAGCACCCAGCUAGGUGGUGGACUUGCUGUACCAAAAGGUUCACCUACCUCCUGUCUAGAGCAUCAUUCCUCUCCGUUGCCAGAUCCAUGGUGCAAUCCACUAAAGGACUAACUUCCUAGACUUCUGCUCCACAUGGGGUGAACCUCUGGCUGGUCAGCAUCCAUUUUGUGUCCUUAUGACAAGCUUUAAGUGAUGGGAUCAUCUUAAUUUCCAAGGAAAAGGCAGUUGAGCUGUUUGCACUUGAAAUUAACUGGCAGAUCAGCCACCUGAGAGCAGUACUGUUCCUCCACAGCCACUCAGGCUUUCCUAUACAUCAAACAGACUUCAGAAAGCAACAAGUCUGACUUUGGGAGCAUGUGUGUGUUUCAAAAACAAAAUCUUCACUCCAGAAUAAGUCCUUGGGGGGGAGUGGAGUGGGAAGCAGGUAGAUAUGUCCGUUGCACAGAGUGCCUCUGCCUGGCAGCAAGUGACUCAAGGCAUAGAGCAUUUUAAGUUUCCAGAGCUGAUGCUCUCUGGGAAUUAUAAUGUAAAUGCUUUUUGUUUUCAUGUUCUAGUUAUUCCUAAGAACCAUUAGCUAACAUUAUUGCUGGGUGUUUUGCUACUGUUUGAGAAUCUACUGUUACUGCAUUGUCCUAAAUUUAUAGGAGGAGAUAGUGUAUUGCUUGUUUCAUUAAGCUAUGUAAGCACAAUAAAAUGAAUGCUGAACCAAUUAAUGUAACCAUCCCUACUCUAUCCCUUAAUGUUUAAUAUGUGAAGUGUAAUAAACUUUAUGGUUUUAUUAUAAAUAUAAUUUAUAGGAAAAUUUGAUUUGACAACGUAUUAGAUAGGGUGUAAGAUAGUUUCUUAACUCUAGUCACUGGCAAACUGCUGAAGAGUAGAGCUGUGCAGUAUGUCGUAUUUCCCAUGCAUAAACAUUCCUCAGCAACGUCUGUUAAAAUACCUUGGGCAUCUUCUGAGUAAAACUUCCUACAAAUCAAGUUGGUGUCAUAUUUUCUGUUGUCUCCUUCUCCCUUAUUAAAGUGAACUCUCUAGCUAGCCUUGGCUUAAGUUAGCAGAGUCCCUCUGUUUUGAGAGCUAUCAUCCUUUCCCGUGGAAGGAAUUAAGGGAUUUACAAAAGAAGACAACUGUCCAGAUCAGAGAGAGCAUUCUGCUUUGUGAUACUGUAGGUGCUAAUACUGGAUCUAAGCUUCCAGAUGUAAUUUCUCAUACACUGAUUUUUUUUUUUCCUGGAGGCUUGUGUAAUAUUUUAACUGUACAAAAUACUUGUUUUUCUAAGCUGUAACAGUGUGUUUGCCUUUUCAGACCUGUUGCAAUAAUUUUGAAGAAAUAUUAAUGGAUUAAUAAAUUUUUCUUAAAUAAA